AUGCUACUCAGGGCAGCAUCGUUGCGACAGCUAGCUGAUGUGAACCAGCUAUGCCUCCGCUGUGCCCUGAGACAGAGGCAUGCUUCCGUCUCGUCUUUUAGAGCCACUCGCCUCCCCAACGUUGCUGGGAGUUGGCACUCGUUGUCAACAGCUACCAACCAGCCCGAGCCAGUCUCGGAAGAACCAGUUCAUGCCAAAUCUCCCGUGCCGGACCCGUCGCUCUCCAGUAUCUCCGCGGAAGACAUUCGCUUGAAAGCCGAGUUCGAAGAAAACCGAGAUAUCCGAAGCUACCUGCAAAAAUGGCAGCAGAUCAAUCCGAAUAUACUCGACCCUGUGAGAGAUCCACACUCCGCAGAUCCGUGGGUUGGCACAAUGCUCAACGGCAGAGGAGCCUCCGAUGAACCAUGGGGGAACAACCUGACCGAGAACCAUGAUCUGGACCCCUCGGAGUACUCGGACAGCCAUUAUUUGGAACCGGGGGAUCUGGCUGUUCGCCUCUCAGCCACCGGUGUGUUCAGUUAUUCCAUCUAUGUGCAGUCCGUCCACAAGCAGAGCCAAUUCUACACAGAUCGCGGUAAUUGGCGCCUCUCUUCCUUUAGGGAAUUGGAUUUUGUGGUCAAGCGAUUCGCGCCCCCGGAGUUGCUUCGGCCCCUUCUGCCUUAUUUCCCAGACCGCGAAGCCCUGACGAACCCGGUGGUCCAGUCUGUUCCAGAGGGUGGAGUACCGAGACCUCUCGGAGCGCCUCUCCUGAAGAUGAUGACCGAGUUUGGGGGUAAAAUCCUCGAUUUCUAUCGGGAUAACGCCAAGGUUUUGGAUAAUCUGCCUGAUUACCUGGCUGAUGAUAAAGAGUUUCGUCGCCUGUCGCUCGAAGAAUUAGCCAGUGAAGUUCUUGAUCUGGAUAAAUCAGAGCUAGACAGUGUGAAGCUAUUUGCAAUUCAUCAGGCUGUGCGACGUUAUCCGUUUAUCAUCGAAAGAGACUCGGCUUCCUUGUUCAAUCCCAUGUACCUGAUCCAACCGAAGCGAAUCGCCGAAAUGAUUACACAAAUCACUACCUGGGUCCACGAGCACCAGCAAUACUGCAUGGAGCUCAUCACGGGCAAAAGUCCUGUUGGCUUGAAACGCCAUCCUAUGCAACAGUUCAUCGAGAAGGCACGACGCGUGAUCCGACUCAGCCGCAAAGUUCGAUCCCCCACAGUCAUGUUCAGCGUGGGCCCUUCAUCUCAGAAAUUCUUUCCUGGCCAAGAUGGGAAGCCGAUGGUCUACCGCGAGGUUCCCACGGAAACUUUUAACGAAAAUGACCAGACCAUCAUCCAGUUUCUGCAGCUGCACGCUAUCCCGACGGCUUCGAUGGCUUCCGGAACGCUGAAAUCGACGGGUUCACACAUUAUGCGCUCCACAGGAAUGUACAAUCAGCUCGGCCUGAGUGAAGACUCGACCCGUCUUUUUUUGCAGGAGCUGGGCGUGGUAUCUCCGUGGGAGAAUAUGAGUAUCCUGGAUCAAAACGUCUUGCUCCCUGGACACGGGAUGUCGGAGAAAGCAGAGGCCAAAUGGCAAGAGAUGGUGGAGAUGGCCAGCAAAACGACUCUGAAAGACCGCAUGCACGAUCUGAGAACAGACUGGGGAGGUCUGCCCGUCUACUGUGUGGACGAUGCGGCAACAAAGGAAAUCGACGAUGGUGUGUCUUUGGAGCGAAUCCCCGGGUCUGACGAUACCUUCUGGGUGCGCGUGCACGUCGCGAACCCCACGGCGUUCAUGCAUCCUAACGAUCCAAUCAUGCGGUACGCCGCCGAGCGACUCACCAGCACCUACAUCCCGGAACGCACGUAUCCCAUGCUUCCUCCAUCCUUGUCGCAAGAUCACUUCAGCUUGGCGGCUGGUCGGCCUACCCUGACGAUCAGUGCCAAGAUGAAUCUGCAGGGAGAAAUCCUCGAUACGGAGAUCAAGAAUGGUACCGUUCGAAAUAUCAUCUCUUUGACGCACGACACCCUCCGCAACUUCCUCAAUCCUGAUACUAAGGAAUCUUCCGAGUACCUCACUGUAGGCGGCGAGUAUGCCACCCCGCCGCCCGCAGCAGGAAAGGUCCUCACCGAGACUCUCUCCUCCGAAGAUAAAGAAACAUUCACCAUCCUCCGCCAACUCAUGCUCGCCUUCCGCAGUCACCGCGAGAAGUCCGGCGCCAUGGAAAUCUUCCCACGUCUAGACUCCUCCGUCUCCGUGCAGGCGGGCAACAUGCCCAUGCAGCCCUACGAAAUGCAAGUCGACCAAGGCCGCUACUGGCUCGGCGACCCGAUCAUCCGUCUACGGUUCCGGCGCGGCGUCGAUCCCCUCGAAAUCACCGACCGUUCCAAGGACGACCUCAUCUCGCUGCUCAUGAAUCUCGCCGGCCACGUCGCGGCCACCUUCUGCGCUGCCCGCAACAUCCCCGCUAUCUACGACGGCACCCGCUACGACCCAGAGUACUUGCCACUGACGCGCGAGAAUGUCAGCGAGCUCACUGGCCAGAACUACUAUCGCUUCGCCAUGCCACAGGCCAUCUCAUCCCCCACACCCCUCCCCCACCACACGCUCGGUCUAAACCCCUACCUCAAGAGCACGAGUCCGCUGCGCCGAUUCUCGGAUGUUCUCGCGCACUUCCAGAUCGAGCGAGCACUGCGUUUCGAAUACGACCACGGCCGCCAGUUCGAUGCUGCCGACCCCGAACAUGAACACGAAGAGACUAAUGACCCAUCCUCUCGCCUCCUCUCCAAAUCCUCCAUAGCCAAUCACCUCGCCACCUCCCAACUGAUAAACACCCGCCUCAGAAACAUAAUGAAAUUCUCCGAUCAACACUGGGCCUGCAUGCUCCUCUUCCGUGCAUUCUACUUCGCUGAAUGCGACCUCCCCGAGUCCUUCACGUGCCAGCUACGUCUCCCGCGCCGCAGACCCCCGAGCGAGGGAACCGUGUAUGCAGGCGUGAUUGCCAAUCUGGGUCUUCGGUGCUCGAUUACGAUUCCGGAGGAGUGCCCCGGUCGUGAAUUCAUGACAGUCUUUUCUGUUGUUGAUGCUAAGAUUACCUCUGUUGAUAUGGCGGCGUUGGAGGUUAAGAUGGAGGCGACGAGAUUUGUGAAGGCGUAUGAGAGGACGGGCGAGUGGGCGUGA